UUAAAUCGAGCCUGGCAGCAUCAGAGGGGCUACGUCUGACUCACCUGGCUGAGCAGAUUUUACAGAGAACACAGGUUGAAGGAGAACAGUUUAAGAGGUGGACGCCUUACGGCAGCAUCAUCAGCGGUCGCAAUUCGCUAAACAGCUUCUGGUAAGAAACUUGCAAACAAGUUGAACCUCAGCAAGUGGAAGUCUCAAGAGGAUCGACCAGGAGCUGUCAGAGCCUUGUCGCGGUGAAGAUGACAUUCGCCAUGCUGCGCACGGCGCCUCCUGCAGGCCGCUUCCUGUACGGCGACAUCGCCCUCCUCUCCGAAGACGAUGAUGACAACGGGAGCGAGGGGUCGGGCUCCGAGGAGCGUAACACCAACACCUCCAACUCUGCUGCCUUCCGCCUGUCCUCCUCGUCGCCAUCUGCCUUUCACAUCAAGGUGAACAGGAAGAGGAAGCUGUGCGGGGGAGUAGGGGGCGGAGGGGUAGAUUCAGAGGCCAUGAUGGGAAGGCACGGCCCCCCGCACACUUCUCCCACCGGGGAGGUUCGCCAGAGGACCGCAGCCAACGCGCGGGAGAGGGAUCGCACCAAUUCUGUCAACACAGCAUUCACGGCGCUGCGCACUCUCAUCCCCACCGAGCCUGCAGACAGGAAGCUGUCGAAGAUCGAGACGUUACGUCUGGCCAGCAGCUACAUCAGUCAUCUGGGGAACGUCUUGCUCCUGGGCGAGGGGCUUCAUGACGGGCAGCCGUGCCACGCUCCCUCACCGCCGUUCUUCCACGUUAACUCCUCCCCCACCCGAGGAUCUGACCAAUCAGCCCAGCCAAAGCACAUCUGUACUUUCUGCCUCAGCAACCAGAGGAAAAUGAACAAAGACAGAGACAGGAAGACGGCCAUCAGAAGUUAACGACGAGGACACAAACCACAUGGAUGAAAUGCUCGUCUCUUUGACGAGGCUUUCACUGAUUUUCCAAUUACUGCAACUUGAAGACUUUUGAUGCAUUUUAAAGACUUUUGAAGGACUUCUUUAGCACUUCCAGGACUUUUCAAGGAACUUUACAAAGCUUUUCUUCUUCUUUUUUACUUUUUAUAUCGCUUUACAAGAACUUCUUUACUUUUCAGGCUGUUGUCGAAUAUGUGUGAAACACUCUUGAAAAGCAGAACGGUACUUUUAAAAGGCUUUCACAUGAUUAUCAAGACCAUGAAGAACCUUUCAACAACACUUGUAAGAGACCUUUUACUGUAUUGUUCAAAGACUCAGCGACUCUUUGUGAAGAGUCUAAGGAACUUGUGGCACAUGAUCGAAAAACACACAGAACCCAUGAAAGACAAACGUGUACUCAUCAAAAGCUGUGUGUUAUUAAUGUGUAAACUGAAAUAUAAAUGUAUAUUUAUGUGACAUAACAUUAUAUAAUGAAACCAUGUUAUUUAACCGGCA